GUAAUCCCUUUUUCCAGGUAGAAGGGAUCUCCUAAAAACCUAAUCGAUCCGCCGCCAUAACCAACUUCACACCACUUCCUCUCUCCGCCACCGCCCUAGCUAACCCCUUCCUCCAUCGCGCCGCCCACCGCCCACCACAAUCAUACUCUAACAAGUAGAAUGCAGCUUAUCUCCAACUCUCGGUUCCGUUGCCGUAGAAUUACGUUGAUUUAGGUCUGCGCCAAUUUGCGUUCGUCUCUCUCUCUCUAUCUGUAUUUAUUUUUUUCUGCGAUGGCGGCAGCCGUUGGAUGUUGUUCUUUCCAGGCCACGCAUCGAGGAGGUACACGAAAAUGGAGGUCACCUAGAGCAGCUGUCAUUCCCAAUUUUCAUCUCCCAAUGCGUAGUUACGAAGUUAAAAAUCGGACUAAUGUUGAUGAAAUAAAGGCCCUCCGACUGAUAACCGCAAUCAAAACCCCAUACCUCCCAGACGGCCGAUUCGACCUAGAAGCCUACGACUCCCUAAUCCACAUGCAAAUCGAGGGCGGCGCUGAGGCGGUGAUUGUGGGCGGCACAACCGGCGAGGGCCAGCUAAUGAGCUGGGACGAGCACAUCAUGCUAAUCGGACACACCGUCAACUGCUUCGGCAACACCCUCAAGGUCAUCGGAAACACCGGCAGCAACUCCACCCGAGAAGCCAUACACGCCACCGAGCAAGGCUUUGCCGUCGGAAUGCACGCAGCGCUCCACAUCAAUCCUUACUACGGCAAAACAUCCUUUGACGGUUUGGUCGCCCACUUCAACACCGUCCUCCACAUGGGGCCCACGAUAAUCUACAACGUCCCAUCAAGAACCGGACAGGACAUACCGCCAGGUGUCGUCCAGAAAUUGGCCCGGAGUCCGAACUUGGCGGGGGUUAAGGAAUGCGUUGGAAAUGAUAGGGUGGAGGAGUACACGAGGAACGGGGUGGUUGUUUGGAGUGGUAACGAUGACCAGUGUCAUGAUUCGAGGUGGGAUUAUGGAGCAAAUGGAGUGAUUUCGGUGACGAGUAAUUUAGUACCUGGUUUGAUGAGACAACUUAUGUUUGGUGGAAAGAACAUUCGUCUGAAUUCAAAGGUUAUGCCUUUAGUGGAGUGGCUUUUUCAAGAACCGAAUCCGAUUGGUUUGAAUACGGCUCUUGCUCAACUAGGUGUCGUUAGGCCGAUUUUCCGUUUGCCGUAUGUACCCCUACCUUUGGAGAAGAGGAUGGAGUUUGUUAAUAUCGUUAAAGAAAUCGGGAGAGAGAAUUUUAUCGGAGAGGAAGAUGUUCGAGUAAUGGACGACGAUGACUUCAUUUUGAUCCGCCGGUAUUAGCUAUGGGGGCAGAUUGGUAAUUUCACUUCUCAUGAAUAAUAAUUUCAGCAUACUUUUGCAUGAAGAUCUCAAGUCAAAGUCAAAUGUGUGUCCCAUAUGAUAUUUUUCGAGAGUACCCUUUUGUCAUGUGACUAUGUGAGUGUGUCACUUAAUGCAGCAACUAUUGUUGAAUCUUGAAAUUUUAUACAUAUGGACCAUACUAUAGUUAGGAAGAUAGGUUGAUGUAUAAUGGUAUAGAGUCUACUAUUUUUUAUUGAGGAUUUGUUUUUUCUUUUUU